ACCAGAAGGCGGAAGUGUGACUUAACUCCGCCCACAUCAAAGAUGGCGUCUCCCACGGAACACGAGGAUUCAUGUGAACAAGAGGAGGCUGCAGAUGAGCCCAAAACACCGAAGAUCCGGGACACUCCUGAGGAUAUCAAACUAGAGGCCAUCGCCAACACGAUCGCCUUUCACCCGAGCCGAGACAUCCUGGCAGCGGGAGACAUCGACGGAGACAUCUACCUAUUCUCAUACUCCUGCACCGAAGGAGAAAACAGAGAGCUGUGGUCAUCAGGACAUCACCUGAAGUCGUGCAGGAAAGUGCUGUUCUCCGCCGAUGGACAGAAGCUCUUCAGCGUGUCUAAAGACAAGUCCGUUCACAUCCUGGACGUGGAGGCUGGGAAACUGCUGACACGCAUCCCCAAAGCUCACAACGCCCCCAUCAACGCCCUGCUGCUGGUGGAUGAGAAUGUCUUUGCGACGGGUGACGACGAGGGGACGCUGAAGGUCUGGGACGUGAGGAGAGGAACCUCGUUCAUGGAUCUGAAGCAGCAUGAGGAUUAUAUCAGUGAUAUCACCAUCGACGAGAACAAACGCACCCUGCUCACCUCCAGUGGCGAUGGCACUAUGGGUGUGUUCAACAUAAAAAGACGGAGAUUUGAGCUGCUUUCCGAGUUCCAGAAUGGAGAUCUCAACUCUGUUUGCAUCAUGAAAAGAGGCCGUAAAGUCGUUUGUGGAUCCGGCGAGGGCAAAAUAUACAUUUUUAACUGGAAUGGCUUUGGUGCCACGAGCGACAGGUUUGCGGUUCAGGCCGAGUCUGUGGACUGCAUCGUGCCGAUCACUGACAGCAUUCUGUGUGCCGCGUCCACCGACGGCGUGAUCAGGGCUGUGAGUGUCCUGCCGAACCGUGUCCUGGGCAGCGUCGGGCAGCACGUGGGCGAGUCCAUCGAGGAGAUCGCUCGGUCCAGAGACACACGCUUCCUGGCCAGCUGCGCUCACGACCAGCUCGUCAAGUUCUGGGACAUCUCCAGCUUACCGGACACCAGGGUCAGCGACUACCGGCGGAGAAAGAAGAAAGACAGACGCCUCAAAGCUCUGAGCAACAAAGCUUUCGACACUGGACAGGACUUCUUCUCUGGCCUUUUAGACUCGACUGAAGAGAACAGGAAAGAAGAAGAAGAUGAAGAAGAUGAAGAUGAGGACAGUGGGAGCGACUGAAAUACUCCUACAAUACUGUGUUGUAUAGUUCAUGUAUGUUUUCUGAAUCGGGUUCAUUAAAUUAUAUGCUAUUACACAUGUAUUUAUGUAAUUUUAUAAUACAUGCAGUGCUGUCAUGAA